GGGGCGGGAAGCGAACCGGAGACACAACAAACAUGGCGGCGGCGGUGACGACGGCGACGGCGGCAGCGGCCCUGAUCCAGGCGGCGGGGCUUGCUCGGUGUGGCUGUCAGGAGUUUCUUUUCUAGGUAUAACAAACUGUAAACUUAAAAAAAAGAGGGAGAGAGAGAGAGAAACCAGCCAAGAUGGGUGAAAAGAAACCAGAGCCUUUGGACUUCGUAAAAGACUUUCAGGAGUACCUGACCCAGCAGACGCACCACGUGAACAUGAUCUCCGGCUCGGUUAGCGGGGACAAGGAGGCCGAGGCUCUCCAGGGAGCUGGAACAGAUGGUGAUCAAAAUGGACUUGAUCACCCAUCUGUUGAAGUGUCUCUGGAUGAAAACUCAGGAAUGUUAGUGGACGGGUUUGAAAGGACCUUUGAUGGCAAGCUCAAGUGUCGGUACUGCAACUAUGCCAGCAAAGGGACAGCCCGGCUCAUUGAACACAUCAGGAUCCACACAGGUGAGAAGCCUCAUAGAUGUCAUUUGUGUCCAUUUGCAUCUGCUUAUGAGCGUCAUCUGGAAGCCCAUAUGCGUUCCCAUACAGGAGAAAAACCGUACAAAUGUGAACUGUGCUCCUUCCGCUGUAGUGAUCGCAGUAACCUGUCCCAUCAUCGAAGGCGCAAACAUAAGAUGGUACCAAUUAAAGGUACCAGGUCUUCCUUAACCACCAAGAAAAUGUGGGGGGUUUUACAGAAGAAAACAGGCAAUUUGGGGUAUAGCAGAAGAGCAUUAAUCAACUUAAGUCCACCUUCUAUGGUGGUCCAGAAACCAGACUACCUUAACGACUUUACCCACGAAAUCCCAAAUAUCCAGACUGAUUCCUAUGAAAGCAUGGCAAAGCCCACUCCAACUGGUGGCCUCCCGAGGGACCCCCAAGAACUCAUGGUUGACAACCCUUUAAAUCAGCUCUCUACUCUAGCAGGGCAGCUGUCCAGUUUGCCGCCUGAAAACCAAAACCCGGAGUCCCCAGAUGUGGUCCCAUGCCCUGACGAAAAGCCUUUCCUGAUGCAGCAGCCCUCUGCCCAGGCGGUGGUCUCUGCUGUGUCAGCAAGUGUUCCUCAGAGCUCCUCUCCCACGAGCCCCGAGCCGCGGCCAUCGCAUGGCCCACGGAACUUCAGUCCAGUGGCAGGGCCGAGCAGUGAACCAAGUGCCCAUACGAGUACUCCCAGCAUAGGAAACAGCCAGCCCAGCACUCCAGCCCCGACCCUGCCAGUCCAGGACCCUCAGCUGCUGCACCACUGCCAGCACUGUGACAUGUACUUUGCAGAUAACAUCCUCUACACCAUCCACAUGGGAUGCCAUGGGUAUGAAAACCCUUUCCAGUGUAAUAUAUGCGGGUGCAAGUGUAAAAACAAGUAUGAUUUUGCCUGUCAUUUUGCAAGAGGACAACACAGCCAGCACUGAUCAGAACAUUAUCACAUUAUGUUUUACUUGGUUUUGCCUUUUUGUCUUACAUAGUUUGGUUGUUUUUGUUUUGUUUGGUCAUCCCUAGUAAGAUGUCUGCUAAUU